AUGGGCGGUGCUUAUUUCUUUACCGACCCGCCAACAAAGCCCGUUACUCCACUCGGCCUUCGAGCACCCGAAUUGAUUCUUAACGGAGCCGUUAAUAAUAGCGCUGAUAUCUGGAGCUUCGGUUGCCUUAUCUUUGAGCUCAUCACCGGACAGCCACUCUUCUGUAUACCAUGUUCUGAAAUGGAAGAUGACGAUCAUCUUCUCUCCCUCACUGCCCAGCUCGGUGCCCUCCCUGACGAAUUAUUCAAGCACUGGACGACCUCGUCGCUCUACUUUACGCCGAGAGAAAGCUGUUUAAUUGUCAGCUUGGAGGAGUCCCUCCCGGGGAGGAACCGCUUAUAG